AUGCUGCCCAGCUAUUUAACGACUAAUGGAAGGGAACUGAGUCCCUGGCAGCUCAUUCAUGUCUCCUCCAUUUGGGGCCUUCUCUUCACAGACAACCAGGAGAAUGGAGGAAAACCGGAAGGUAGCAGCAAGGCCCGGAAGGAAAGGACCGCCUUCACCAAGGAGCAGUUGCGGGAGCUAGAGGCUGAGUUCGCCCACCAUAACUACCUGACCAGGCUGCGUAGAUAUGAGAUCGCAGUCAACCUGGACCUUUCAGAGCGGCAGGUGGGGUCCCUGGCUUGUCAGAGCUUCUCUGCUGUCCAUUCAUCUCCCGUUACAUGGCCCCUGCCUGAACACCGUUCCUUUCCUCUACCCAGCCAGUGGUUCUCAACCACUACUGUGCCUGACAAUCAACCAUCUCAGGGAGAAUUAUCAGAGUUCUACUCAUGGAGGUGACUGUAAUUGGUCUGGGAUGGAACUUAGGCAGCCCAGGUUUUCAAAGGCCUCCCAGGUAACUCUCAUGUGACCAAGGAUUAGAACAGCUGAGAUCUGAUUUCCCCCAAACUUGAACCAGCAUUUGCCUCCGAUUCACCUAGGCAACUGUUCAAAUGGAGAUUCUGAAAACCAAGUGUUGUGGCACCUACCUGUAAACCCCAGCACUUGGGAGGUAGAGACAGGAGGAUUGUGAGCUCAAGGCUACCCUGGGCUAC